CUGUUGUAUUAAAUUAACUAGAGGCAGAUGGAAGAAUUUCUGCACAGUUCAAGCGAUCAUGCACUCAUCUUGACCGCCCAGAAGGUUGUAUCCGCGAAGUGGGUUCCCCUGAAUUCAUCAUGUAUAGUAUGGAAGGACGCUCGUGAGAUAAAUAUUGACUUGAAGACUAUUCCGAUCGAUGGGGGCGAAUAUCUAACAGUUGCAUAUGUGCGGUUCGUUCGUCAACCUCUGAAGAUUCUUCAAAGCGGUGCAUGCUUCGAUGCACCUGUGUUCGAUUUCGAAGUCAUCCAAGGGCAGCUAUGUGCGAAGAACCGGCAUGAUUGUGGAUUGACACUCCAUUCCGUGCCUUCGAAAUGUCGUACUUUUCGAUCUUCCGAACCAAGCUUUGACUCCACACGACACAAACUGGCCUUCCGCGUCACCUGCACUACUAAUCCGAAGAGAGGCCAUUAUUCUAGUGAAGGAAUGUGUUUUUACAAGGAUGGUAUCGCUAUUAGUUCUAUUUUCAAGGUUGUUGCCCGCCCUGGUGGUCAUGCCAUAGCUAAACGACGAGAGACAGCGUCAAGGAUACUCCGAACUAAAACCCAUGAAUGGCAGAGCUUGGCUGCUAAAUUGAAUCGCAGUAAAUCUGUCGCAGAUAUAACGGAUAUCAAACCACCUGAACUGCCUUCUAAAGAACGUAUUCCGACCUCAUCAGCUCCGUCAGAAUCUAAUACUGCAUUUUGCGGCACCUUUGGAAAUGCAAAAUUCUUAACAAAAGGCGAUAGAAAGAGCGACGAACUCUCCGACAAUGCUAAGUCACCAGCCAAUAUCAACCAUGAGUUUACCAACACACUCAGUGAAGUCCAAGGUACACCUAUGCGUGAGGUUUGCGCGGAGCCUGAUGACGCAGGAAGCGAAGAAAGAGAUAUGACUGGUUUAGAACAGCAAAUUACAAGGAGACGCAGUUUGAAACGAAGACAAUGUGAUUUGAGCGAAGGCGGAUAUAACGAAAUGCGGCACAAACAACCUGCCAGCCGCCCGUUGAGUAUGCCACAUGUCCGUGGGAUCGUUGGGGAUGUCGAUAUGACCUUUGAUCUACACCAACUUACUUUUGGUAACAGCCCCACCGACAACAGCCCAACAUCGAAUUACCAGGUGCAUCCUCAUCAAGACACUACUACGGAUUUAUUCCUCUCAAACAAUUUUAACAACGACAUCUUAGCUGAAAUAUUGAGGACCGAAAACAAUGACUCACGGCCAGAAGCUGUCCCGUGGGCUAAGGCAGGGUUAAAUUUAUCGGCAACAUCACACCAAUCACAACAUGGUCGAUUGCAACGACGAGGAAGCUACCCUUGUUUGAAACUCGAGACAACUGGCAGUCAGUUCAAGGUGCGGAACGAUACAGCAGCAUCACCAAUAUCACCAAUGGACGCAAUAACCGAACAUUCGUCGUCACAACAAUUGCGGCAAGAAUUAUCGAUGACCUCCGAAUUAUACGCACCACGAUUAUGCUUAUCAAAUUUUCAGAAUCAAUGGCCGGGCGAUCACACGACUCACUCGAGAGGCGAAUUUAACCAGUCAUACACACGUAGGAGAAGUUAUAGCGAGCGAGAUCGCAGUCCCCGUAAAAUCUCCGGUUUCUUCCACAGUAACAGCCAUUCAACCGUACAAUUGAAGCCGUUGCUGUCGACUGGAGCUUCAGCUCUGUCGGCAAGCAUGUUCCAAGGUUCAGAGUAUGAGAAUUAUUCAUUCAAUUCGCAGAAGUUUCAGAUAGACAAUAUGGGCACCGCCACUGGUGAUGGCUAUGACACUCAAGACAGGAGGGCUGGUGUUUUCACAGCUAUCCCCGACUACGAACAUAAAGGUACAAAUUCAAAUAGAGGCUCACAAAACAACCACACAAUUUCCACACAGCAGCAAUACAACACAGCCCAAUCGGCUUACGCUUCGCAUAAGCACGAUGCAAACUUCGGAAAUAAGAAUCACGGCCUGAACCCCACUAGUAACGAAAGCCAACACACACACAGAAAUAUGUGGAAUACACAAGCCACAGUUGACCUCACCACCAGUAACUAUGAUAUGCGAACUGGGCGAAGUGCCGAAGCUGGACAGCAACCUAUGCAACAAUUCGGUGCAUUCAUGCACACAGGAAUGCCUGCUGCCAUGAACGUUCAAACUACCGGAUUGUCGCUGCCGUGCAGUAAAAUGGACCUAUACAGCAGGUUCGAGCACCUCCUCAAGGACGAUCCCAGUCCCUGAGAAGGAAAUAGUUAUGAUUCAUUCUGAAAUAUAGGUAUUGCUUGUGCCGGAGUUAUUUGGUAGUCUUGUGUCUGCAACCCAAUCAUGAACUACGGUGUUUCUCCGGGAACAAGUGAUUUUAUGACCAAGUUUCUUUCUAUUACAUAACUUCAACCUCAGUAAAGUAUAUCUGAUUGUAGCG